AAAUAAAAAAAUAGAAUUAAAUCUCAAACUGAGUUUAACGAAAUGCGAUGUAGUGUCGACGACCACCACCACUGAAACAACAGCAACAGACAGCGAUCUAUGAGUUUCAUCAGCAGGCAAAGACUGUUGCCGCCGCUGCUGCUGCUGCGCUGCUUCUCAGAAGGAAGAGGAGGAAGGGGGAUAGUAUAAGUGAGUGUGUUACUUUAAUUAGUGUUGAGGAAAACCUUCAUUAAAAUCAAUAAGACCAGGAGAGUGUCUAGUCUGACUGACUUCUUCAACAGGGAACCACUCAGUUAGAACUGUUGGCUCCCUCUUUCAUCUUUAUGCACUGGAAUUGCUAAGGACACAACAAGUUGUUGAUUUGUAAUUCUAUAUUUCCAGAAUAGGAAACUAUCAACAUCUGACAGUCGUUUCUUCAUGGUAGCUUUAAUUAAAGGACUUCAAAGGAAAGUACCAGUAAAAAAAAAAAAAGAAAAUAGCGCAAACCUCCCGUAUAUAUUUAGUACUUUACUGACUAUUUUAAAUCUUGCUGAACGAAAAAGGUUUGUUAUACAUGAAGACAGCAUGUCAGUUAAGAACAUCUUAUUCUGGUAAUCCUUUUUGAUUUUUUGUGUUUGUAAAAUUAAUGCAUUUUAGUUAUUUAUUCGGUUUGCUGCUGCAGUUGUAACUCGUCUUCUGUCGAUAUUACUACUGCUGCUAAACAUGCCAUGGACUCUUUACUUACUACUGUCCUUGUCAAUCGCUGACUAUCGACGGCUGUGGCCAGGACCGAACCUACAACUAGGAGUUUAUUUAUGAUUAUGAAUUAUGUCAAGCUUAUCUACUUCAAUGUCAUUUCUCUAACGACAUUUCAACGUCUGCUCAUUUAAAGUUCUGGUUUGUCUAUGUCCACCGUUUCUACACCUCGCUGUUAUGGUUUAAUGCUAUGGAGAGUCAGCAGUGUUAUUGUAGCAUGGAAAACUAUUGACCAGGAACGAAUUACAAAAAAUAACUGAAUGCUAACGAUUUAUAUUAACCGAUAUGGAUGCAACACAAGGAGAUGCCGUGAAAGUGGCACUGAGAAUUCGGCCUCAAUGUGGCCGAGAAAGGAUUGAUAUGUGCCAAAUUUGCACCGAUGUUAUCUAUGCGGAAUCUCAGCUUAUCUUGGGAAAAGAUAAGGCAUUUACAUUUGACUAUGUAUUUGACAGAGAUACAGUUCAGAAGGAUGUUUAUGAAACUUGUGUACAAAUGCUAGUUGAAGGAUGUUUUGAAGGUUACAAUGCAACAGUAUUUGCCUAUGGCCAGACUGGUUCUGGCAAGACAUAUACAAUGGGGAGUGGAUUUGAUGUGGAUGUCCCACUAGAAGAUAUUGGCAUAAUACCUCGAGCUAUUGGACAUCUAUUUAGUGGCAUUGACAAACGCAAGAAAGAAGCUAUGGAGAAUAACCAACCUCCACCUACAUUUAAAGUUUCUGUUCAGUUCAUGGAGUUGUAUAAUGAAGAAAUUCUAGACUUAUUGGAUCCAGCUAAAGAUUUAGAUUCAAGAAAUAAAAAAUCCCACAUAAAGGUCCAUGAAGAUGCAUCUGGAGGUAUUUAUGUAGUUGGUGUCAACACUCGGCCAGUUGAUUCUCUUAAUGCUACUCUACAGCUCUUAAAAGGUGGUGCACUUUCCCGAGCUACAGCUAGUACUAAGAUGAAUGUUCAGUCCUCUCGUUCACAUGCUAUUUUCUCUCUCCACAUCAAGCAAGAUAGAAUUACUACUGAAAUAUUAGAUGAAGAAGGCAAAGAUGACUCUUCUCAGCCUACAUUCGAAACUCUGACUGCCAAAUUCCAUUUUGUUGACCUUGCUGGAUCAGAAAGACUUAAACGUACUGGAGCAACGGGAGACAGAGCAAAAGAAGGAAUAUCUAUAAACUGUGGUUUGCUUGCUUUAGGAAAUGUGAUAUCUGCUCUUGGAGACAAAACAAAGAAAGGUUGCCACGUUCCUUACCGUGAUUCUAAAUUAACGCGACUAUUACAAGACUCUUUGGGAGGUAACAGCCGAACCCUCAUGAUUGCUUGCAUUUCACCAUCUGAUAGAGAUUUUAUGGAAACAUUAAACACACUAAAAUAUGCUAACAGGGCCAAAAAUAUCCGGAAUGUUGUUGUAGCAAACCAGGAUAAAGCCAGCAAAUUGUUAGCCCAAUUAAGGGCUGAAAACAACCUUUUACAGAAGGAAUUGUUAGAAUACAAAACGGGAAAACGUGUAGUUGACAGUGAUGGCGUGGAAGGAAUGAAUGACUUCUUUGCUGAAAAUACGAUGUUGCAAUCUGAGAAUGAGAAACUGCGGCAACGGUUGAAGGCAAUGACUAAGACAGUUGAUGGCCUCAGAGAGCGGAACAUACAGCUAGCAACUGAAAAUAACCUAUUCAAGCAAAGUAACUCAGAACCUUUGAACAAUGAACAACUAACAACUGUGAUACAAAAUUAUACUAAAGAAACAGAGUCACUUCGUGCUAAAUUAGCAGAAGCAGAGUCUAGAUGUAAAAUUGCACAGAAUUCUGCUUCUCGAGCUCAGUCUCGGCUUGCUCUUAGCCCACGUGUUCCAAUGUCUUCCUCUCUUACUGAAGUACCCAACAGUCCCGAGAUAAACAAUUAUGAUCUGCUGAAAGAGGCUAAUGAAGAUUUACGAAGCCUCAAAGAAAAGAUAAAAUACCGCACAGGAGGAGAUGGUCAAGAAAGUGACAAAGAAAAUAUCUGUGAAGGAAAUAUCCAGCUGAAAAACAACUGUGGUGAUGUUCCCUGUGAUCCAUUAUUGUCAGACAUCACUGGAGAAGUAUUUGAAGAAUUUUAUGCUGGAGAGGAAAUGGUUGAAGAGGAUUCUGAAUGCUUUGAUUUCAACACUGAUGACACUGAUGAAGAAGAAGACUUAAGUUCUUCUGACAUAGCUCUCACAGCUUCUCUGUACACUUUAUGGAGCUUCACAGGUAUGGGAUCUGAUAAUGUCCAUGAAAAUCUGGCUGAGCUGACUUGUGAAAUGACAUUGAAGGAACGUUUGAUUGAAGCACUGGAGAAAAAUCAAAAUAAACUGAAUGCAAUGAAAACCCAUUAUGAACAGAAGGUGCAGCAACUUCAACAAAAGAUACGAGAAACAGAAGUAGAAAGAGACAAAAUAAUCUCUAAUAUUGAAAAAGUUGAAGCAGAUAAGAAGGAUAAAGUAAAGAAUGUGAAUGAAAAGUACCAACAAAAACUGAAUACUCUUCAGCAGGAACUGAAGAAAUUACAAGAAGCUAAAAAGGAGCAUGCAAAACUAAUCCGGAAUCAAGCUGUUCAUGAGAAGCAGCUCAAAACAUACCAGCAUGAACUUCAGGAGAUGAAACGUAUCAAGGUGAGGUUAAUGAAACAAAUAAAAGAGGAAGCUGAAAAGAAUAAAUUAAAUGAUGCCAAGAAGCACAAAGAAAUAACUCAACUGCGAAAGGCUCAUUUAAAGAAAGAACAAAGAAUAAAAAAUUUGGAGACUGAAAAACACCAAAAAGAAAUUGUUCUGAAGAGGAAACAAGAAGAGGUGGAGGCUUUGCGAAAAAGACAAAGGCCGAUGUCUGACCGUGCAGCUGGUAGAGUUGGUCGAUACAACACAUAUCCAGCACAAUCUUCACAUUACAUUCCUAUGUCACCUCAUGAACGUCAAAGUCAGAUAAGUAGCAGAUCCGAUAGACUUGCUAAAAGGAAGUGGGAUGCAAUUCAAAAGAAAGUAGAGGGAAUUAUCAACAAACGGCAGACUCUAAGUUUGAUAGAAAAAGACAUGGAAACGUGGUUAAAAGAACGGAGAAAAUUGGGCCAGAAUAUAGAAAAAUACACGAAAAAGAAAGAAACUCUUAUAGAAACUCAACAGUCCCAAGAAGCAAUUGAUGAAUGUGUAGAUGUAAUUGAGAGCUUAGAAGGACAACUUCAGUUAUGCCAGGAGCACAUCACUGAGAUACAGGAGCAAAUCAUGCAACUGGAAGAAAAUAAAAACAAUGAUGAAUUAGAGAAACUACAAGUUAUACUCAGUAAAAGCAAUGCUUUGGAGAGUCAAUAUUUGUUUAGACAUCUAAUGGAAUCUGUAUUAUUAAAGGGAACUUUAUGUGCCAAUAAAGAGACUGAAUUAAAAGAACUUCAAGCUAAACUUCACCAAUGCAUGGUGAAUAAUAACUUACAGCAAGACAUAUUGAAGCAUAUGAUGGCUGAUAGAAUAGACAUUGACAUGGAAGAAUUUGUACAAAAUGAUGCUGAGACUGAAAGUAUUAGUUCAGGUUCCACCUCUCCUGUCGACAACAUGUUCGACAGACAGAGAACAAACCAACUCAGUCCCAAUAUGGCCACUGGAGAGUCCUUAAAGAAAGCAAAGGCUCGAAGACGUACUGCUACACCCAAAGAAUUGCUGUAUUCAGUUGAAUCCUCAUGUUUGGAUUCUACCUUGACACCACUUCAAGAAACAUCUCAAGAAGAGACUUCACCUGACAAAAGUCCCAACUCAAGUCCCAAAUCUUUAGUAAAGAGUGUCGAUACAUUAGAAAAGAUUGGGUUGUCAAAUGAGACGGAACUUCAACUUUCUCCGCUUCCACUUCGCAGAGUUAAUAGUGCUUCUGAAGCAACUAGACCCAACAAAUACAGUGAACCUGUCAGUCCCCUUAGAUCGCCUCAAGCUCCUCGGAAAAGAUCUAAUGAUGUCUUUAAACGGUUAACUUCCAAAAGUAUGAUCUCAUCACCUGAGUCAAACAGGGGUACUAUCACACAGUUGAGCCGGAUUAAUUCUGGAGGUAGAUCUUCACCAGUGUUUUGUUCCCAUAUUGUAGAAGGUCAUGCCAAACCAGUUCUGUCUGUAUGUGCUACAGAAGAUUUAUUAUUCACAAGCAGUAAAGAUCGUACUGCCAAAGUCUGGGAUCUCAACACUGGCCAUGAGCUACAAGUCUUUCCUGACCAUCCUAACAAUGUAGUGGCACUAAAGUACAAUGAACCAUCCCAUAGGCUCUACACAGUCUCACUUUCAGAAGUGAAAGUCUGGGAUAUUCGAGAUGUCGCAACACCUAACUGUGUUAUUGCUUUCAAUUCUUCAGGUCUUGCGUCUGCACCAAUAUCAUAUCAAACACGCCAGAGUGAAGUCAGCCGUCAUGAAAAUUUAAUAAAUGCCAUUUCACUGAGUGAUGAUGGCCAGACACUGUUCACAGCUGUUGGAAACCUAGUGCGCAUGUGGGAUCUUCGAAACUUAAGCUGCAUUAACAAGCUGACUGGUCAUCAGGCUCAGGUGAUGGUUCUUGCCUCAACAAGUAAUGCUGAGAGUCAACUUGUGGUCAGUGGUUCAAAAGACCAUUACAUCAAGAUAUUUGAAGUGAACUCCAUGACUUCAAAUGUUGCCAGUCCAACAUACAAUCUUGAACCACCACAUUUUGAUGGUGUCCAGUCCUUAGUGAUACAAGAUCAAAUACUGUUUAGUGGGUCAAGAGACCGUUGUAUUAAGAAAUGGAACCUUAAAGACAAAAAGACCAUCCAGUCCCUCUAUUGUGCUCAUAAAGACUGGAUCAAUGGCUUAGCAAUUAUGCCUGAGCAUCAGAUCUUGCUUAGUGGUUGUCGAAGUGGUUACCUAAAACUAUGGCAAACUGAAGGAAAUUGCUCUGCAAUUGGUGAAAUCAAAGCCCAUAACUUUCCAAUUACUGCCCUUACCACAAAUAAAUCAGCAAUAUUCACAGCUUCAAAUGAUCCUGAAUCCAACAAAUGCCAUAUUUGGAAACUACGAGACAGCACUUAAGUUUCAUUAUAUUUUUGACUGCACUGUGGGUAUCUGGAAAAAACGGAAUUAUUUGGAAGCUCAUAGAAGUUCUUCUCUUUAACUCUGAUCCAGUAACAUGAGAGAAAUUCAUUUAGGUUUGCUAAUAGCUUGCUAUAGCAAAUUAUUUUAAAAUUGUUCUGACUUGCUGCUUAUGUCCACUCUUAAAACAUUUUGGAAACAUUGUUUUCAAUUAAAAAAAAAGUUCUGUUUUAUUUCAAUUUUAUUUUUUUAUUCCAUUGUUAAUUUUUUGUUUUUAGAGUCUAGUUACAAAAUAAAGUCAUAAUUUUUUUAACCUUGUAUUCCCCAACGUUUUUAAGUAUGGAAGCAACCAUUGUGAAUAUUUCAUUGUGAAUGUAUGUAUCUGAGAUACUUAAAAAUACCUGAAUAUCUUUAAAAUUCCAUUCUUUCUGGACCCCAAAAAAUUUUUUUUCAUUCUGUAGAAAAGAAAAUAAGAGGAAAUAAUUGAAUAAUUUUUUUUUUUUUUUAAAUUUUUUUUUAAGAAGGCCAAUUUUAAUGAAACAGAUGUUUUAAGUUAUCAAACUUUAGGUUAGUUAAAAUAUGUUUAUGGCAGAUUUCAAAUUCUAAAUCAAAUUCAUUGCAGUUAUUGUGGAGAAAAAAUUCUCUCUUUUGGUAGAUGUAAAAACACUAUAUCUGCCCAAUGCUUCCCUUUAUCACAUUCCCAAACAACUGUUUCUUGCUCUUUAGCCUUCACCAAUGGGAAAUACCAAAGAGAGACAACCCUGGGCAGACUCAAAGCCAUAGUAGCUUUAACUCAAAUAACAGUCAACGUCUGUGACUGAGCUGGACUGUUUAACCACCUGGUCAGGAUCAAUAUAACAUCAUGUUUAUGAUAUAUUUUAACUUCUAAAGGAAAAUUCACUGCAGUUACUGUGGAGAAAAAAAUUCUCUCUUA